AUGGAAGGUGGUGAACUAUUCAAUCGUAUUGAACAACGAAACGAUAAACCAUAUACCGAACGUGAUGCUGCCAGACAUAUUUGGAUGCUUGUUCAAGCUGUUCAUCAUUUACACACAAUGGAUAUAGCUCAUCGUGAUUUAAAACCAGAAAAUCUACUCUUGACAGAUAAAACAAAUGAUGCUAUUCUUAAACUUGGCGAUUUCGGGUUUGCUAAAGAAGAUUCUCCUAUGAGAAAUAGAAUCAAAACAGGUGAUUAUCAAUUUCCAGAUGUCGAAUGGCAAAAUAUCUCACAACAAGCAAAAUCAACUAUUGAACAAAUGCUCACAGUUACUCCAGCAAACCGUAUUACAAUUAGUGAAAUUCUCAAAUGUUCAUGGUUUACUGAAUUGAAUUCCGCAAGAUUAAUCGAUAUGAGUCCACUUCAAGAUCCUGAAAUUCGAGAACAAUUAGAAGCCAUGGUUAUAUCUCCUAAGCAUGGGCAUCAUCGAACCGAUGAUGAUUUAGGCACUGAAAUAUCUGGACCAGAAUCAUCACGUUUAGCUAAACGAGCGAUUAAAAGAAAAGAACAAAUAGGUCUUACCAAUGAAACUGUUCGUACAAUGAGAAACAAAUCCGAACAUGAUUAUGAUGAAAAUUCAACGGCUGUAUUAACAGAAUUGAAAAAUCAGUCAGAUCUACCAGAUAACAGUUAG